AUGUCAGAAGAAUCAGAUUGGGACAAGACUACUUACCUGAAACGAAAGCCAGUGAAUGAUCGAGUUGCCAAAACCGAAUCUGAAGUAAAUGCCGCUAGGAGAUCUGGUGCAACCAUUAUUACUGAAGAAAAAAGGAAACCAAUCUCUACUGGUGCUUCAGCUUCGACAUUGGAUGCUUCCAAAGCUGCAAAGAUUGAUCGAGAGACUGAGGAUUUCCAUGUUGAAAAGAUCUCACCAAGUUUGGGCAAAACGAUUGCUCAACGAAGAGCUGAAUUGAAAAUGACACAAAAGGAAUUGGCUACCAAAAUCAACCAACCCCAUAACAUUGUAUCUGAAUAUGAAUCGGGAAAGGCCGUCAAUCCAAAUCAACAAGUAUUGGCUAAAAUGGAAAGGAUCUUGGGCGUCAAACUACGAGGAAAGGAUAUUGGUGCCAAAUUAGAGCCCAAGCAUUGA